AUGGAGUUUGUGCGGGCGCUGUGGCUGGGCCUGGCGCUGGCGCUGGGGCCGGGGUCCGCGGGGGGCCACCCGCAGCCGUGUGGCGUCCUGGCGCGCCUGGGGGGCUCCGUGCGCCUGGGCGCCCUCCUGCCCCGCGCGCCUUUUGCCCGCGCCCGCGUCCGCGCCGCCCUGGCUCGGGCCGCCCUGGCGCCGCGGCUGCCGCACAACCUGAGCUUGGAGCUGGUGGUCGCCGCGACCCCCGCCCGCGACCCCGCCUCGCUGGCCCGCGGCCUGUGCCAGGCGCUGGCGCCUCCGGGCGUGGCGGCCCUGCUCGCCUUUCCCGAGGCUCGGCCCGAGCUGCUGCAGCUGCACUUCCUGGCGGCCGCCACCGAGACCCCCGUGCUCAGCCUGCUGCGGCGGGAGGCGCGCGCGCCCCUCGGAGCGCCGAACCCAUUCCACCUGCAGCUGCACUGGGCCAGCCCCCUGGAGACGCUGCUGGAUGUGCUGGUGGCAGUGCUGCAGGCGCACGCCUGGGAAGACGUCGGCCUGGCCCUGUGCCGCACCCAGGACCCCGGCGGCCUGGUGGCCCUCUGGACAAGCCGGGCUGGCCGGCCCCCACAGCUGGUCCUGGACCUAAGCCGGCGGGACACGGGAGAUGUGGGACUGCGGGCACGCCUGGCCCCGAUGGGGGCGCCAGUGGGGGGUGAAGCACCAGUACCCGCAGCGGUCCUCCUCGGCUGUGACAUUGCCCGCGCCCGUCGGGUGCUGGGGGCCGUACCUCCAGGCCCCCACUGGCUGUUGGGGACGCCACUGCCGCCCAAGGCCCUGCCCACCGCGGGGCUGCCGCCAGGGCUGCUGGCACUGGGCGAGGUGGCACAACCCCCGCUGGAGGCCGCCAUCCAUGACACCGUGCAGCUGGUGGCCCGGGCACUGGGCAGUGCGGCCCAGGUGCAGCCGGAGAAUGUCCUCCUCCCCGCCGCGGUCAACUGUGGGGACCUGCGGCCGGCCGGGCCCGAGUCCCCGGGGCGCUUCUUGGCACGGUUCCUGGCCAACACGUCCUUCCAGGGCCGCACGGGCCCCGUGUGGGUGACAGGCAGCUCCCAGGUACACACGUCUCGGCGCUUUAAGGUGUGGAGCCUGCGCCGGGACCCACGGGGCGCCCCGGCCUGGGCCACAGUGGGCAGCUGGCGGGAUGGCCAGUUGGACUUGGAACCGGGAGGUGCCUCUGCACGGCCCCCACCCCCGCCGGGUGCCCAGGCCCGGCCCAAGCUGCGUGUGGUGACGCUGGUGGAACACCCAUUUGUGUUUGCCCGUGAUCCGGAUGAAGACGGGCAGUGCCCAGCAGGGCAGCUGUGCCUGGACCCCGGCACCAAAAACUCGGCCACCCUGGACGCACUGUUCGCCGAGCUGGCCAACGGCUCAGUGCCCCGCGCCCUGCGCAAGUGCUGCUACGGUUACUGCAUUGACCUGCUGGAGCGGCUGGCGGAGGACACACCCUUCGAUUUCGAGCUGUACAUCGUGGGUGAUGGCAAGUACGGCGCCCUGCGGGACGGCCGCUGGACCGGCCUGGUCGGGGACCUGCUGGCCGGCCGGGCCCACAUGGCGGUCACCAGCUUCAGCAUCAACUCCGCCCGCUCACAGGUGGUGGACUUCACCAGCCCCUUCUUCUCCACCAGCCUGGGCAUCAUGGUGCGGGCACGGGACACGGCCUCACCCAUCGGUGCCUUUAUGUGGCCCCUGCACUGGUCCAUGUGGCUGGGCAUCUUUGCAGCCCUGCACCUCACUGCGCUCUUCCUCACCCUGUACGAGUGGCGCAGCCCCUACGGCCUCACGCCGCGUGGCCGCAACCGCAGCACCGUCUUCUCCUACUCUUCAGCCCUCAACCUCUGCUACGCCAUCCUCUUCGGACGCACCGUGUCCAGCAAGACGCCCAAGUGCCCCACCGGCCGCCUGCUCAUGAACCUCUGGGCCAUCUUCUGCCUGCUGGUGCUGUCCAGCUACACGGCCAACCUGGCCGCCGUCAUGGUCGGGGACAAGACCUUCGAGGAGCUGUCGGGGAUCCACGACCCCAAGCUGCACCACCCGGCGCAGGGCUUUCGCUUCGGCACCGUGUGGGAGAGCAGCGCCGAGGCGUACAUCAAGAAGAGCUUCCCCGAGAUGCACGCACACAUGCGGCGCCACAGCGCGCCCACCACGCCCCACGGCGUCGCCAUGCUCACGAGCGACCCCCCCAAGCUCAACGCCUUCAUCAUGGACAAGUCGCUCCUGGACUACGAGGUCUCCAUCGACGCCGACUGCAAACUGCUGACCGUGGGCAAGCCCUUCGCCAUUGAGGGUGAGAGGCACCUGGGCGAGGCGGGGCACCGGGGCCUCUGGGGACCUCCUCGGGGCAGUGGGGAGCCACGGAGAGUUCGAGGCGGGAAGGGGCGAAAUCCCAUGUGUGCGGGCAGCAUUCCCCUGGGGCUGUCCCACCUGGCCCCACCGCCUGGCCCCGCGCCCCCAGGCUAUGGGAUCGGACUGCCCCAGAACUCGCCGCUCACCUCCAACCUGUCCGAGUUCAUCAGCCGCUACAAGUCCUCCGGCUUCAUUGACCUGCUCCACGACAAGUGGUACAAGAUGGUGCCUUGCGGCAAGCGGGUCUUCGCGGUUACAGAGACCCUGCAGAUGAGCAUCUACCACUUCUCGGGCCUCUUCGUGUUGCUGUGCCUGGGCCUGGGCAGCGCUCUGCUCAGCUCGCUGGGCGAGCACGCCUUCUUCCGCCUGGCGCUGCCGCGCAUCCCCAAGGGGAGCAGGCUGCAGUACUGGCUGCACACCAGCCAGAAAAUCCACCGCGCCCUCAACACGGAGCCGCCAGAGGGGUCGAAGGAGGAGACGGCAGAGGCGGAGCCCAGUGGCCCCGAGGUGGUGGAGCAGCAGCAGCAGGACCAGCCAACGGCUCCGGAGGGCUGGAAACGGGCGCGCCGGGCCGUGGACAAGGAGCGCCGUGUGCGCUUCCUGCUGGAGCCCGCCGUGGUUGUGGCACCCGAAGCGGACGCGUACGCGUAUGCGGAGGCUGAGGCUGCGCCGGGAGAGGGCCCCGUCUGGUUGUGCUCCAACGGCCGCCCGCCCGCCGCAAGGCCUAUGGGGGCCCCCCAGCCCGGGGAGCUGCAGGAGCUGGAGCGGUGCAUCGAAGUCGCGCGCGAGCGGCUCCGCCAGGCCCUGGUGCGGCGCGGCGAGCUCCUGGCACAGCUCGAGGACAGCGCACGUCACCGCCCUCUGCGCUUGCUUCAGGCCAGAGCGGCCCCCGCGGAGGCCCCACCACACUCUGGCCGACGGGGGAGCCAGGAGUGAGACGGCAGCCGGGCCCUUUGGGCUCAAGACACACACACACACACACACACACAGCGCGGUGAG